AGCAUUUCAGAUUACAGAUCAUCCUUAUUAUUUUCAAAAUGUUAGAUGAACCUUAUCAGUCAGCUGAGGCCUUGGCAGAAAACCACUCAACUAUUCCAAAUGAACCAUCUUCAUCUGCUCCCAAAGAUGAGAAAGUCACCAAUCUAAAUGCUGAAAGUUGGAGUAAAUCAUCUGAAGAAGAUAAGCAAGAUGCAUGCAAACCUCAAGAUUUUGGGUACGACAUGUAUCCAGAGAGAAAAGGGGCACGUUUCACUCCAACUUUCACCCAGAUACUAAAAGGUCAUGGACGUGAAAAUUUUGAUAGAGCCAAGUGUGAGCGGAAAGUCCUAAGAGCAAUUGAGAAAUAUCCUCUUGUUAAAAUAAUGAUGUCUGCCCUGAAAUCUUCUGGCUGUCCUGUUGACAUCCAGAGACACAUUGCUUGUGAAGUGUGUGAUACCUCAGUCACUGGUGGCUAUGAUGUUGAGAGUAACCAGAUUGUGGUAUGCCAGAACAUGUGUAAACUGGAAGGACUUGUUGCUGGAGUUUUAACCCACGAGAUGAUACACAUGUUUGACUACUGUAAGCACAAACUGGAUUUCAAGAACAUAGAACACUUGGCAUGCACAGAAAUUAGAGCAGCCAACUUAACCCACUGCUCCUUCAUGUCAGCAAUUGCGCAGAGUGAUGCUUCACCUUUCAGGAUUGCCAAAACUCAUCAGGAAUGUGUGAAGACCAAAGCUGCGUGGAGUGUGGAGUCCGUUAGGCAUGUGGGCAUUGAAGAGGCUAGAAGGAUUGUAGAUAAAGUCUUUCCUCAGUGUUAUGCUGAUCUGGAGCCCAUCGGUCGACGCGUACGAAGAAAUUCAGGUGAAGAAGUCCUAGCAUAUCAAGAGAAACGCAUUUAUGGCUACUAAAGAACUAUUCAUGUACUGAAACAAUUUAUGUUGCUGAACAUUUUUUGAAAACACGUUUUAAGUGCAAUUGCCCGAUAGAAUGUAAUUGGUUCCUUGUUUUGAAGUCAACAAUUUCAUCCAUACUUUUCAUUAAGAAUCGUAUACUUCAAUGCGCUUUCUGUUUAUCGAAUAUUGCAUAACGUUAUUAUUUUGAACAUCGCCUUAUUUCUGCAUUUACUGAUUUAUUUAGACUUUUAACUUGUACAUUAUGUAUUGAUAUUCACCCUCUUCAUUAGCCAUGUACAUAAUUUACAUUUACGUGCAUAGAUUCGAGUUAAUUUUCAAUGGCCCCUUUUGCGUAACUUGAGAAUAUAAAAUUUAAUAAAUCUCUCGUUU